UCGCCCUGUUUCAACAGCGUAAGCCUCGGGAUCCUCUGCGAGGCCAGAACGCUGCCUCGUCGGUACCCCUGCUCGAGAUGGGCGCCAGAGCAUGGGAUUACGAGGCACUGCCGGAACUCCACACCUCGACGGCUGUCACGCCGACCUCCACGCCGCCGAAUGCACAGCAGAAGACGCAUUCGCCGAGGGUCUACUUCCAGGCAGAGAAUUUGGCCUCGACCAGGAGACGGAGCAGCUCCAGGUUACUCGCGCCUCAGACCUCGUGCAGGAGACGCAGCAGGAGCAUGAGCGCAUGGAGUGACCUGUCAAGAUCGUCGUUCAAGCUCGAUGAAAGGUGGGUCGUUGAUGUUAGAAACGUGCAAGCCGAUAGGUUGAAUGGUUGA